GAGGUUUGAGUUUGCGUUCAUUCUUCGAGAGAUUUAUCGAGCGCAGGCAAGCGGGCGCGGGAGAGCGAGCGGGGCCGACGCAGGGACGGCAUCGCUGCCUCUGCUUGCGUGCUUGCGAUGUGCGAGGCGAUGGAUGUUCCUCCUCCCUAAGGAUUCAGUCUUCUUUUCUGCGUCUGCAGCAGCGGCCAGGGGCGCGAGGGAGGGAGGGCCUGGAGGAGGAGGAGGAGGAGGAGGAGGACGUAUGCGCCCACGAGGUCGCGAUUUCUGAUUUCUGCGCUGGGAGAAGAUCGCUCCUCGAGCGACCCCGACGUGGAAGCAGUCAUGGCGCUAUCUUUCAUCGCGUUGCCUCUCGGGCUGAUGUUCCUCAUUUCGGGAUUCCUCAUUAAUGGCCUUCAGGUGCUGUCCUUGGUACUUCUGUUGUUUUCAAGAAAGGCCUACAGAGUCGUAAACAUGAUUAUGAUGGACAUAUUGUGGUCAGAGCUUGUUUGGCUUCUCGACUGGUGGGCCGGUGUAAAGGUGCGGUUGUACGCGGACGGUGAGGCCAUGAAGUAUUUAGGUAAAGAGCACGCUCUGCUUAUCUGUAAUCACCGGAGUGAUAUCGAUUGGCUUGUCGGUUGGCUUCUGGCACAGCGCUUCGGAUGUCUUGGUGGUACAAGGGCGGUUAUGAAGCAAUCAGUCAAGUACCUACCGGUCAUUGGGUGGUCCAUGUACUUCUCAGAGUAUGUAUUUCUGGCGAGAAGCUGGGCCAAAGACGAGGUUACUUUAAAGGCAGGGUACCGGAGUUUGAAAGGUUUCCCCAGGCCUUUCUGGCUGGCUCUGUUUGUGGAGGGCACGCGAUUCACAAAGAAAAAGUUGGAAGCAGCACAAGAGUAUGCUGCUUCUGCCAACAUGCACAUUCCGCAGAAUGUCCUGAUUCCUCGAACAAAGGGUUUUGUAUCAGCAAUUGCGAACUUGCGGGAGUUCGUGCCUGCUGUAUAUGAUAUGACGCUUGCUGUGUCCAACGACUCUACAAACCCCACCAUGUCGGGAAUCCUCAAGGGACAGUCUUCAACGAUCCACGUGCAUCUGAGGAGGGUUCCUAUCGAGACUCUCCCGAAAGCCGACGAAGAAAUUGCUGCCUGGUGUAAAGAAGCAUUCGUGAAGAAGGAUGAGAUGCUAGAUGACCACAAUAAAAUCAACAGUUUUGGAGAAGACUUGUACCAGCCUAUCGCUCGCACCAAGGCUCCUCUCUUGAUCGUGAUUGGAUGGGGUAUUUUCCUGUUGACUUCAUCCAUCUGGCUUCUGAGGGAUGUAUUGUCAACCUGGCGCGGGUGUAUGUACGUUGCUGGAGCUCUGUCCCUCAUAUCUGUACUGCUAGAAGUCUUGAUUGGUGCCUCGCAAGCAGAACGGUCGAGUUCGAAGUCAAGCUCACGGCCUUCAUCCAAGAGUUCCGCUGUAGUCAAAACAGAAGAGAAGAAGAAGAAAUGAGAGCUAUUGUAAGUCCGAAUUUCUUUUUGUGCCUCCUGCAACCGCUCAUUUGGACCCCUUCAGCUCAAGUACUCUGGUAACAUUUUUCGAGGGAGGUUUGUAUUCUAAUCUUCAUCCAGAUUUGUCACAGAAGACGAAGGAAGUUUGCUUCAUACUUACGAAGCUUUAGCAAUUGUCCAUGCUUGGAAACCGUUUACCCCAAGGUGCAUUUCGAGUGGACAGCCCUCUUACCAUACCAAAUUCUUGUGAAGUCCUGAUACCACCUUGGGAUGUAGAGAUAUGAAACUACAGAGGACUUCAUGCCGCGCUCUUGCUGUUAAAUUACGAUUUGAUCACUGUCAGAUGUUAUUCAUUCGUCAUUUUAUUCAUUAGUCCCCCUUCGUAACACUCUUUAGAAUGGGUACGCAUCCAUGGUGUUCUUUCUUACCUCUGGAUAUAGCCCGGUAGCUAUUCAAAGGUGUGCGGGAUAUUUAAGUAAAGCCUGACUUGAGUGCCCUACUUUCGGGGUUUUUCCUCUCGACUGGUGCUUUUACAGGGUUCUAUACGUGUCUAUGGAUGUUUAUGCCUCAUUCCUAUACCCUUGAUCGAAAGUUGUGGACGGCAGCUUCAGUUUUGUACCUAUCUCGGGGUUGGUAGCCUCGGCCGUUGCUUAAUUUUCAUUGCAACUAUUCAUACACGUCUGAAGUGUGAUAUUGCGGAAUGCACGUGAUAGUAUUGAAAACUGCCUGAGAGAAGGAUUACCAGACGACAACAAGGAACACCAUUUAAAAUGCCCUACGUGGUUAAGUACCUCAUGACAUGCUUUUGUAAAGGUAGUAGCUGUGUCCAUGGGGUACAGAAUCAGAGUACUUGGCUGUUGUGUACCUAGGAUAGCUUUGAAACAGGUGAAUGAAGAGAGAAUUUUAAACGUUGGAGUACGGGAACUCAAGUUUAGGUAACAUCAGAUCCUGGCUAAGGGUAAUCUUAACGGCGUGGAGGAGACCAGGAAGUGACCAGGG